UUAUGGGUAUACUACUGACUGAAACAUAACCUGAAAAACGAGCAGACAGCUGACUAUUAUUGACUAUUCCAAGAUCCAUAUAUGUUCGCACCCGAUAAAUAAUCAGUCGAGCGUGGAGAAAUGAUUUCUCUGCGUUUUUUUCUAGUAUUUAGAUGUUUAAAACGUUGAAAGCAACCGAAAAUGGCAUCAACCAAUGAAUUUGGACCGGAUUCCGGCGGCAGAGUGAAGGGUCUUACUAUAGUGAAACCAUUAGUUUAUGGUAAUAUGGCACGAUAUUUUGGCAAGAAGAGAGAAGAAGAUGGGCACACUCAUCAGUGGACAGUUUACGUCAAGCCUUAUCUUAACGAAGAUAUGUCAACUUAUGUUAAAAAAGUUCAUUUCAAAUUGCACGAGAGUUACAAUAAUCCAAACAGGGUAGUAACAAAGCCACCUUACGAAUUGACAGAAACAGGCUGGGGAGAAUUUGAGAUCGUCAUUAAGAUAUAUUUUCAUGAUCCUAAUGAGCGUCCGGUCACGAUUUAUCAUAUCCUUAAAUUGUUCCAAUCUACGCCAGAGAUUCAAACGGGUAGAAAGAGUCUGGUUUCAGAAUUUUAUGAAGAAAUAGUAUUUCAAGAUCCUACGGCACUUAUGCAGCAUUUAUUGAGUUCCAGCAAACCGAUCACACUUGGAGUUUGGAGGCAUGAUACGGAUUUUGAAGCAAAAAAAGAAUCAACCCUCAAAGGCAUUACCGAUGCUAGAAACAAAAUACGAACUGAAGUUGCUGACCUCAAAGAAAAAUUGACCUUGGCUAAGGAAACUAUAGCAAAAUUCAAAAAUGAAAUAGCUAAAAUUUCCAAAGCCAGUGGUGGACUUCCAGUUAUACAAUGAUUCCACUCACAGAGUCCAUACAUUUUACUAAUGAAUAAUGAUUAAUGAUAAUUUUAAAAAUAAGAAUACUAUUAUUUUGAUACUUAUAAAUUUGACAAUAAAAAAAUGAUACAUAAUGGACAGAAACGUUGAAUCCCCUAAAAAAAUUACAUCCAAUUCAUGAGACCAAACAGUCGUACUUGUAGAAAAUUUUUGACUAGAAUCAAUUUUUUUAGCUCGACAUGCAUUUAAGUUAUCUGAGUUUUGCACAACAUCUCCUGAUCGUCAGUGAUAAGAUAUAUAAAUGUGACUAUAUGCCGAUAUGUGUCUAUGCAGGAUUAUUAUUCAGAAUAUCUAAGAACAGGAGCGAAGAAAAAUACUAAAAGUACUGUGAUGAAUAUGUUGCGGGAGUGACUAUAUUAGCCAAAUGCAGUUGAUAACGAUACAACACAGAACGGAAAAAAAUCGACACGCGACAGCUGUUCAUUUUAUGACGCUGAAAACUCGUAAUUUUUUAAGCCCUACCAACGAUUCGUGAAAUAAAAAAUUGGUGAAUUACAAACGUUUUUUUUCGUUCAUUUCGUUGGACUCCAACGUUGGAAACUUCAGUGUCGUUUCAUUUUGGUACUGUUUUCAUAUAUUCGUUCGAAACACGGUGGUAAAGAAGGAUCAAUAAAAUUUAGUGGAUUGAAAAAAAAAAUAUUGUAAUUAAAAUACUGUAUUAGGAAUAUUAUAAUGAGAUUUGCUAUUGAAUGAAGCAAUAAAGCUGACGCAAUUUUAGAAUUUGA